AUGGGACUGAUCUCAUGCUUUUUCAUCCGUCUUUUGACGCUGCUCAUAUUGAUCGUCUCUUCCUUCUUAGCCAUGCAAUCACCUCAUUACGUUCACGCAGGAACAUAUGAUUUGAUUGAUGUUAUUGAGUUUGAGUUUAUUGAUUGCCGCAGAUCCGAACCCGAGAAAAUUAAGGAUCAUACCAAGCCCACCCCCUCCUCCGAUUUCAGCCGCAAGACCACAUCAACAUGGCUAAUUUCGGACAUCCAUCUUACUAGUCUGAUUUAA